AUGCGUGAGGGAAUAUUUAAUGAAGCAAGUUUGGACACGAAAACGCGGUGUAAUAUGGAAGUUCGAGAAUAUUUAUCGAUUCCUUUGGCUACUGCAUUCAGUGAUUAUAUUGAUCAAGAUUAUAGAAUUGACAUUGAGAAAAUCGUGGGAAAUAUUGAAAAAGCUAUGAAUUAUAGAAUAAUGCAGGUAGAUUGGUUGGAUGAGAGGACCAGAAGAUCUGCGAUGAGAAAAUUGGAAUUCCUCAAAUCCGAAAUCGCCUAUCCAAAAUACGUUGAAAAUGAGACUAUAGUUAUGGAACCCUUUGAAAACAUUGAAUGGAAUCCGGAAAAUUAUUUCGAAAACGCGGUGAAACUUCGAAAAGCUCUCACUAAACAUAGCUUUUCUGAAAUCAAUCAAAAACCAAAGGCAAAACCAUACAUCUUCAAAUACGCCUCGUAUUCACCAGAAUAUAAUCAGAUAUCAAUUCCAGUCACCGAAUUACAACCACCGUUUUAUAAAAAUGAAGGGCAAGAUUUUAUAAAUUAUGGAUCACUGGGGAAUAUUAUUGGUCAUGAAAUAACUCAUGCUUUUGAUGAUUAUGGCUCACAAUUUGAUGAAUUUGGGAAUAUUCGAAAUUGGUGGGAUGAGCACACCAAAAAAGUGUUCAAAAAUAAAACACAGUGUUUUGUGGAGCAAUAUAAUCGGAGCAUUGAGCCAUUAACUGGAAAAAACGUGGAUGGAAUGAAAACACUUUCGGAAAAUAUUGCGGAUAAUGGUGGAUUACGAAUUGCUUAUGAUGCGUUCAAAAAUUCACAACAAAACGAGAAAUUGAAAUUCAAAAAAUUUUCUCAAGAUCAGAUGUUUUUCAUAGCCUAUGCUAAUGUAAGUUUUAGAGCCCAGAAUCAAAAGAAGUCAAAUUUUCAGACCUGGUGUGAAGAAAUCAAAUCAAAACCCGAAAUGGAGCAAUACUUGCAAAUAUCUCCGCAUGCUCCCCAAUCCAUUCGUGUAAAUCUUCCACUUCAGAAUCUUCCAGAGUUUUCCGAAGCUUUCAAAUGUUCGGAAAAUUCGAAAAUGAAUCCGAAACACAGGUGUAAAGUUUGGUAA